AUGUUUUCUAUUCAUAUCUAUAUCAUAUUAAUAUUCUUCAAUUCUCCUUGUUAUUAUUCUCGUUUACAUUCUCGUUAUCAUCAUAUAUCAAUAAAUGAAAAUGAAAUCUCUCCCAAACAUUUAUUAUCAUUUAAUUUACCAAAUUCAAUUCGAUCUUAUCAAUUAGUAUCAACAAAUGCUCAAUUACAUAAAUAUUUUUCCAUUGAAAAUCAAACACAUCUCUAUGUACUACAAACACUUGAUCGUGAAUAUUUAUGUGCAGAACAAUUUUGUUCAUGUUUAACACAAUGUUCAAUACAAUUAAAAAUACUUUCACAACCACAACAUCAAAUUAUAUUUGUUAAUAUAACAAUAAAUGAUUUAAAUGAUAAUUUACAUUCAUUUCGUUAUAAUGAAAUACAAUUACGUAUACCUGAAAAUACAAAUAUUCAACAUCGACAAUGUUAUAGAAUUCCAACUGUUGAUGAUAAAGAUUUAUCUGAAACAAAUGAAUUUAUUUAUCAAUUAAUUGGUAAUGGUAGUGAAAAAUUUGAAAUUGAACAAACAAUUGGAAAUGAUUUAUGUUUAAGAAUUAAAAAUCAACCAUUAGAUCGAGAAGAACGUGAUAGAUAUGAAGAUUUAUGGAUUAUUGCAACUGAUAAACAACAACAACAAGCUAAAAUGAAAAUUAUUAUACAAGUUUUAGAUAUUAAUGAUAAUUCACCAAGAUUUUUAACUAAUUUAACAAAUAUUUAUGUUAAUGAAACAUUUACUGGAGAAUUAAUUUGUGUUCAAGCUUAUGAUCCUGAUGAAGGUAAUAAUGGACGUGUUAUUUAUUCAUUUGAUCAUUUUGAUGAUAAAUUAAAUGAAUUUUUACAUUUAAAUAAUGAAACUGGUUGUAUAUCUAUAAAUCAACCAUUAUUAUUAACAUCAAAUGAUUUAAUACCAUUAUUACAAUCAAAUAAUCAUUUAUUAUUAACAAUUCGUGCACAAGAUUGUGGUUCACGUAUGAGUUCAACAUUACCUGUAUAUCAUCCAGUUGAAUUAAUUAUUCAAGAUAUUAAUGAUCAUAAACCAAAUAUUCAAGUUCGACAAAUUAUUUCAUCAAUUGACAUUAUUAAAAAUAAUUCACAAAUAAAUAUUAUGGAAAAUUCAUUAGGACUUUUAGCUAUGGUUACUGUUGAUGAUAUUGAUCAAGGAAGUUAUGGACAAGUUAAAUUAACUUUAAUUGUACAAACAACAAGUAAAAAACAUCAACAAGCAUUUCAACUUAAACCAACAUCAAUGAAACAUUAUAAAAUUGAAUUAAUAAAUCCAUUAGAUCAUGAAAUUGAAUCAUCACUUAUUUUAUUUCUUGAUGCAAUUGAUGGUGGUGGUGAAUUAACACGUUUUAUAAUAAAUAUUAUAAUUAAUGAUAUAAAUGAUAUGAUACCAAAUUUUGAACAUGAACAUUAUCAUUUUAUAACAAAUAUUCAAUCAUCAUCAACAACAUUUGAUUCAACAGUUGUUGGUCAAGUUCAUGCAAUUGAUCCAGAUUCAUCAACAAAUUCUCUUGUUUAUUCAUUAAAUUCAAAUUUAUUUCGUAUUGAUUCUCAAACAGGUCAAAUAAGUUUAAUUUCACCAUUAUCAAUGAAUAUGACUGAUCAAACAAUAACAUUUAAUGUAACUGUAUCCGAUGGUGAACAUUCAAGUCAAACACAAGUAUCAAUAUCAGUUGAAGGUCUUAAUCAUCGACCUGAAUUUGAACGAAAUGAAUAUUUUUUUCAAAUUGAUGAAAAUGUCCCUGUACGAACGAUUGUUGGUCAAAUUAUUGGUAAAGAUAAAGAUUCACCUGGUACUCGACGUGGUGAAUUAACAUAUUCACUUCGUUCAAUAACACCCUAUUCCGAAUUCUUUUUUCAUACAAGUCAUACAGGACAAGUUUUAGUUACACGAAUACCCGAUGCUGAACAACAACAUAUACAUCAAUUUAUUAUUACUGUUAGAGAUCAUGGUACACCACCUCUAUCAAGUGAAGCAAAAUUAAAUAUAAAAGUAAAUGAUCUUAAUGAAUAUUGUCCACAUUUAAUAAAUUUUACUUCUGAUCCAUAUAUAUUUAUAUCACGUCAACGUUUUUUAAAAAAAACUUCAAUUGAAAAAUUUCUCUAUCGUUUAUUUGCAUUUGAUAAAGAUAUAUCUGAUCAAACAAAUAUAACAUUUACAUUACUUCCAUCAACAUAUUCACAUAUAUUUAAUUUAAAUUCCAAUGGUUUAUUAACAAUAGAAGAACUUCCAACAAAAAUUCCAUCAAUAAUAAUACUUGAUUAUACAUUAACAGAUACAUUUUUCCCGGAACCAUGUAUAAAACAAGAUAAAUUAGUAAUAUUAAUUGGUGAUACACCAAUUGAUCGAGAUUAUCUUGUUAAUGAAUAUGAAAAACAACUUGAAACAUCUCAACAUCAUCGUUUAAUGACACAAAAAUUAGCGAAUAAUAAACGUAAAAGACAAGAAACAAUUAUUGUUUUUUUAACAUUUAGUUUAUCAACAAUUGUUAUAUUUAUUGGAAUAUUUAGUCUUUUAUUUCUUAUUUGUUGUCGUAAACAAAAAAAACGAAAUAGAGAACGAUCAAUAACAACAAAAUCAUCAUCAUUAAUUAAUCCAUCAUUAUUAGAUGAUAGUAAACAACAAUCACCACAUUCAUUUAUAACGGAUUGUAAUGGGAAAAGUUCACUUCUUCCACCAUUAAGAUAA